ACGAUCGUUAAAAAAAAGGGGAGAAAAUAUAGUACUCUAACCAUUCGCUGCAAGUCGUCACAACUUCGCUGUGAUGGAAAAGGAACUGCAACAGAAGCUGCUGAGGGACGCUCAGUCUACAGACACCAUGACGCGUCUCCUGAGCCAGGAGAUUGCACUGUUUCAGCGCAGUAUGUACAAGAACCACAGUCAGCACCGCCGCGCCUUCUUCUACAAGAAUUUGCAGCAGGUUAAACGAUGUCUACGCGAUUACAAGGUGGAGGCACUUGCUGCGUCGUUUGCCGAGGCUGCAAGUGUCUUGAAGCGGUUGGAACUGGAGGCAGGGGCGCACCAUAUUUCUUGGAAAUUAUUGGCUUCAGAUCUGAAGGUCAGCACGGACGCUGUACUGCGGAAGCUUGUGUCGAUGGCUAAAGCUGCUGCGGAGGUGAUUCGAGCAGCUCAGAAGGCAUACAAAGGUAGAUUUGACGCUCCAUGGGCCUGUAAUUGCUCUUGGGUACUAAGUAAUUUGUAUGUGGUUUCAGCCUUGAUGGUGCAGUUCACAAUGACCUACUUCAUGCCGUUCGUGCUCACGAUGAACAGCAUCCUUGCUCGACUGGCUGUGCUGUUCAAAACGGUACUUGUACGAGCUAUCGAGCUCCAUGGAGGAGUCACAUUGCUGUACUUGAACGAGGUGACAAAGUCGAAUCCGCUGCGCGCCAAGACCACUGCCGUGCAGCUUCGAGGGUAUCAGAUUCCCAGCGACAUCCUCCAGCUCGCCAACGCAUAGAGAAAUAGAGCGACAUCGCAAUAGAAAUGACAAGUAUCAGCUUGUCAUCCAAAACGUACAAGGAAUAUGACGUAAAAUACAUGAUAUCGAUAGAAAACCAAGCAAGUAGCACCCAAAACACAGUCUGAACGAGGACUGUGGACAAAAUGGAGCAGCUUGUUCUGCUAAGACG